CGAGUUAUAACACGGACGUCCUUAAUUGUCAUGAUUAUAAAGGAACGAAUAAAAAGUAAGAGAGGGCGUAGAUAGUCUGAGAAUUGGGAGGGAAGAAUAAAGUAUAAAAGAAUACAACAAAAAAAACUGAAAACUAAGUGUUUUAUUUUGUAAUUAGAGGUCACAUUUUCUUAUCUCCAAUGACCUCUGUAAUGUGCAAUAAACACCUCACAAACGAGUUUUAUUCGCUGUCGAGGACAGUUCUACGUUGAGGUCACGAUCAUCAAUUUGUCGGAAGCACAGGACACGAUCGAAGAAUCUUUUGCUUAGACUCUCCCUCACCCCCACUCAGGCCACCGCAUCGCACAUCGCACUACUACCAUAAAGGUAUACCGGAUACGAAGUGCAGAUGGCACGUCUGUGGCUUUGUGCAUUGAAUGAAGAAUGAGGAGACGCGCGUUGUCCACAGAACGUUGUCGGGUGUGUUUUCACGUCUUGUCAUCCGUCCUGCGAGUUUGAAAUCUUGUUAUUUGAAUCUUAAAAAGCGGGCGUUUUCCAUCUGACCAUUCAUGUUACAUAUUUGUCAUAAUUGUAAAAUCGAUUUUUGCAAUUGUUAUUCGUCCGUAAUCUAGUUUAAUUACUGUCUAUAGCUGCAAAUCAAUGCUCAAGUUUUCCAUUAGCACAAUGAAAAGUGCAAAAGUAGUUAUUUUUACCGGUGUUAUAACAAUGCUAGCGAAAUUUGGAGAUGCUGCACAAUGUAACAACUUCACAGAAAAUACUGGAAAUCUUGGUGAAUUUAAUGAUACAUAUGGGGCUUCCCUGCGUAAGAAAGGUGUGUUGUCAUGUCCAGGACGGGGAGAUCCCAGUGACUACACUGAGUGUUGUUGGGAUUCCAGGUUUCAGUGUUGUCCAUCACCACAUCGACCUAUAAUGCAGAUUGAUGAUAGGCUUGUUAUGACUGUGGGCCUUACUGUUAUAUGCUCAUGUUUGAUGUUGACUGUGGCCAUUGUGGUUUGCUGUUUCUGGGGAAGAUGUCCUCUUUAUAGCACAUGCCGUGUUAACUAUACUCAGGGGGAUAUCAUUGCUUAUGCUAAAGAAGAUGAUCCCUUGACUGGAACAAUGCCUCCAGAGGACAAAGGUGGCCAUCAGUAUGCUCCAAAUGCUGUAAAAAUAAAACCAGUUGAAGAUGUGUAAAUGCUAUGUUAUGCGAAGAAUAGUUUGCUGAAUGUAGUGCAAUUAGGUUUGCUCUUAAAUGCACAGAAGAGCGAGGGGUUGGGCCUGAUGAAUUUUGUAUUGUAAGAUAUAGUUAUGGGUACUUGUGCAUAUAUCAUUCAUAAAAAUGGUAGUGCACUGUGAUUAGGAGACAUGUGUAACUAUGAGUUUAUCAGUAUUGUGGCUAUGACCAUGUAUUAACCAAAGAUAAAGUGUAUAACAUGGAGGUGACAUUUAUCACAUGAUAGUGCAUGCUUUUCUAUGAAGAAUUAUUUUAACUUUGAUAUUACUGUGUUGAAUGUCACUCACUCCGAAUUUGAGGAGGUAUUAUCUGGUACAUUUUAUACUUUUAUUUUGAAGACAGUUAAGUUACUUUGACAAUGAGAAACUCAGAUAAUUUGGGUAUUAUGAAGAGGCCUUAACUAGGUUGCUCCUUGCUGAACAUGUGCAAGCCUUUGAGUAUGAUUUAGUUUUUGUUGUUUUCUUUUAAAAUAAAUCUUAUACAUUUAACGUAAUUAAAUUUAAUUAUUCAGAAUAUUAUUGAUGUAAAAUUUAAGGCUUUAAAUAUUAAGUAUACAAAGGUUUUUUUUUUAUAGUUUACGGACUAUUGUGUUCCUUUCUUCAAUUAAUUUAUUGAAAGAAAUGUAGGAGCCCUUGAAAGAAAAUGGUUUAAUUUGAAAAACUGAUAAUGUGAAAAAGGUUGCACAUCUUCAGCCGUGAUAUCUCCCAAGUAUGGUUAGUCUGCUCAUUGUUUUUUUACUAGUCUCAGUGUAUUAAUUUUUGCUGUGCUUAAGUGUUAAAAAUAUUAUACUUUUUAUUCUAAAAGCUUAGAUAUACGAAGAGUAUAACUUGAUGUGCAAUCUUGGUUGAAGCUAUUACGUUAAAGUAUAAAAUCAGUAUAACAAGAAGAGAUUGUUAUAUGGGGAAUUAUUUUAUAUUGUGUUCUUGUGUGAUGUGAGAUGUUGCCCAUGUUGUAAAUUUCAUACCACGUAUGUUGUAUGUGUGGAUAUUUAUAUUUCAGCAGAGUAAAUGUACAUCUCUAAUGAUGGUUACAAGUUAAUAUCAAGAAGACUUAGCUCUUUAGAUAAUUUUUAAUUCAUUGGUUACGCUAGUGAGUGAGAAUAUCAGUAUUCAAUAUUUUAUAGUCAAAACAUUAUGAAGGCCAUCCUUUUAAAUAAUAUUACUCAUUCCUAAAUGGAAAUAUUUCAAGGAGAUGAGCUAAAAUGCCAUAUUUAUUAGAUACAGUGCAAUAUCUCCUUCUUUUCUUCAUUUUCCUUUUACAUGCCUGUAACACAAUUUAUGUUUAUUAAUGCAAUUUAUUUAAUUAAUCAUAUCACACGAAAUUAACUGACUUCCAUUCAGGGUAAUGUUUAUAUUUGGCAGGUUCGGCUUUCAGAAUAUGUAUAUUAGUGUAUAAUUUAAGCAUAAGUUUAAUUUAUUUCCUUUGUGUUUUCAUUCAGAUUUCAUGUUAGUGAAAAUUAUGGUAAUUCAGAAAAAACUUUUCUUUGCAUAUUAUUGAUAAUAAGUACUCUUCCAGAAAUGGAAACGAAGACUAACCAUUUUUAUGAGACUCCCCAGGAGGCAUGAUUAUCAACUCUAUUAAUUAUGUGAAAAACUGAUUUCUUUUGUAAAGGACUUUCCUUUGUGUAUUUAUUCUGUUUUUCUUCAACCAUUUUGAGUUUCUUGGACACAAAUUCCAUUCACCACUUAAGAUAAUGAAUGCCAUGGACUUCACUAGAACUUACAUUUGGUAACUAAAUAUUUCUUUGAGUUUAGAAUGUUAUAAUUGGGUUUACAAAUUGUAUUUUACCAUAGAUGACUAAUUGUCUACAGACUAUGUUUUCUGACUCUGACAAGUCUUCUAAAUCUUCUAGAUCUUUAUUGUUGUCUGGUAGCUUUGUUACUUAUUAAAUACACUUUUAGAUAUGCCGUUGAUAAGACUUGCAAAUAUUUUCAACAUCCUUUGCCAAAUGAAUCCCACCUCGAUGGCAUAGUUAGGGUUCAAUUUGUCUUCUUUUUUCCAAUGAUUUGCUUUCCAGUUAUAGUUCUUUUAUGUUAGGUCGGUCUUUUAUGUUAGGACAAUGCUUUAUAAACAAAGUAUAUAAAAUCCAUUACAUGUUCUACAAAAAAUAUAGAAUUGUUUUACAUGGUCAAUUAAGAUUCAGUUUAUGAUUUAAAAAUCCAAUUAAUAUUUAUUUUCUAAUUUAUGUUGUAUUUUGUUUGAAUGACAAGUACAUUGGAGAAUGCAUUAAGUCACUUACAUUUCAUAAUUUUACCUUUCUGUGUGUCUUAAUAGACCUUGCCUCUGUAAGAACAAUAAUUUUUGUUACCCAAGUAGAUACGUGAUGAGAUGGGUCUAGUGAAUGGGUUAAUUUAAUAGCUUCUUUAACUUAAUGUGGUGAAUGGUUUACAUUCGUCAUUCAUGUAAUUGGUAAACACAGUACCCUAACAUAUUUAGCAGGAUUUGUAACUAGUUCUGUUUUAAGAUAUUUUUCUAUUGUUUGGUAUGAAGUAUUUUUCUAUAGAAUGGUUUGAACUUUUGAAUUUGAGAAGAUAGAUUGCUUUUUUUCAAAGAUCUAUCAUUUAACAUUGCAUGAAAUAAGCUACAAAAUGCAAAGAAAAAAUCAAUCUCUAUCAAAAUUGUGUUGACUCAAUUGUAGAGGAGGUAAUGUUUAACAGUCACUGACUUUUGUGAUCUUUUCACUUUUAAUUUCAAAACAAAAUAUCUUACCAUUGAUGUUUAAGACUUCACAUCCUACAUUGUAGAAAAUUUAAGUAUGUGUUAAUCAAAAAGAAGCUAAUAAGCCUUACUGAUGAUUUUAUUGUGUAAUGGUUAGAUCUGCAAUUGAAUUUAUUUGCCUCUUUUUAUAACUUCUUAAAUCUCUGAGUCUUGUCUAGAUUGCACUUUGAAUUGGAGUGGACGAGAAAAGAUUUUUGGGAUGAAAAAUUGCUAAUUUGAGCAUAAGGCCUAACAAAUUUGUGGGAUUUUGAUGUUGAACUUUUACUAUCCGUCAUAUUUUCAUAUUCGUAUUUUUUUUUCUUUAAGUAUUUGUGUUACUUUUCAGUUGGGAGGUAUAAUAUCUUUCAAACAUGACCGAUAUAUCUAUAAACAUUUUCAUAAAUCAAUUUUAUAAUUCUAAGUCAAAAAUUCAGAAACAAAGAUGUUAGUCUACAACUUGUCAGUAUUGUUCUUAGAGUAAGGUGAAUCUUAACAUCUUUCCUUGAAUCUCAAGACAUUCUUUAAUAGAAAAUUCAAUAUAAAUCUUAUUUUAUGUGAUAAUUUAUAUAAUAAAAUCUUUCUGGGAAUACAAAACUAUACGUAAAAUUCACUGUUAAGUUUAUUAUCUUAUUACUUAACAUAUUAUCUUAAUGCUUACUCAUUUAAUACUCUUUCAUUAAUUUUUCUACAUACUUAAUCUAUACUUGCUAGAAUAAUACAAUUUUCACUAAAAUAUUAUACAUCAAUAUUUCAUAAGUACCUCAUUAAUAUCAAGUGGUAGUGGCUUGGCGACUGACUUCAAAAGGUACACAAAAUCUUUAGAUCACUUAGAUAAAUUGUAUAUUUUUAUAAUAAUUGUAACACAACGCUCAUUCUUGUUUUUUCAUUGCAUUUUGCAAAGAAAUUGAUAUAACUAAAGGAAAAUAUAAUUAGUGUCAGUUGCCGAACCCUUCCAUUGAUACACUAGUCUUUACAUUUCAGGAAAGCCAGUAUGACAGGAUGUCACUUUUCUUUUUCUACCGUAAGUUUGUAGGGCUAAAUAUGAUAUUCAAAGCUGUUCUACUGACCAUGAAGAAGGUUAAUUUAUUUUAUUGACCUCGAGUAAUAGAUUUUCCAAAGAAUCAAUUUGGAAAAAGAAAAUAUGGCAUUUAUUUGAUAGUGUGCAGUGUGCAUGUUUGUAUGCUUAUGUGCACAAAGGUGUAUGGAAGUAUUUGUAUUCUUGUAUAUUAAACAAUGGGUACGUGUGCUCGUUCACAAGAACGGUCAUUCAUUUGUGCAAUUCUACAUGCACUUAUUUUUCAGCACAUACAGUAUAUGACUAAAUGUCUGUUUCGUAAUGCAAAAAUUGUUGGGAAGUGUCAUUCUCCUGAAUAGUGCUACACUUUGAGAAGUAGCAGGAACAGUGGCGCUUAAUUCUGUUAGUUUGAUACAGCAGUUCUACUGCAUAAAUCAAUACAAAACAGUACAGUUAGAAAAUAAGGGCUACUGAAAUUAUUGAAGGAGCAUAAUAUCUAACUUUCUGUGUUAAAUAUGUUCGUAGUUGCAUGCUCCAUGCAAUAAAAUUUCAGAAUUGUAUAGUGAAUUUUGAUAUUAACUAUCUCACAUUCAUGUAGUUUAGAAUGGAAACUUGACACUAAACAAUAUCUUAAUUUAUCCUUGAUAACAAUAUUUUUGUGGACCAGUUUAAAACUGCCCUUUUCUGAGGACCCAACCUUGAGACUCCUCUUUACUUGCAGCUUGUUGCUACGUGACAUGAUGUUCUUGUCUCGUAGUGUGGUGUCUUUGCUUGCUACUUGUAUCCAGUUUCCUGCCUUUACACAUAAAUAUGUUUACUCCUGCCCACUUGCUGGCAGUCUUAUCUCCCCUCUUUCUUCCUGAGUCCAUUUGUCUAUCCAUUUCUGAGCUGUAAUUUGUAAACAAACAUUAUAUCAAAUAAUUUUAAGAAAUUUUGAUAAAAAUGUAUACUAUUAAACUCUAUAUUCUAAGAAAUUUUCAGGGAAUCUUUGUUACUAAGUUCUAUAUUUUUUGUGUCGUUACGAAAAGUUUAUACUCAAAUUAAAAUAUGAUUUAGAUUAUUAGAAAUCAUUUGGAUUAUCAUCGUUGUGUAUUGUUUGUUAAGAAAAAUGAAGUGUAUUUGCUGCUUGCUACCUUUAUAAACAAGAGUACAGAGAAAUUGCAGUGCAUUCACACAAAAGUGAAAAACAUCUGUUUAGUUAUUAAGUGUUUAUUACAGUAACAAAGCUCAAUGUCGGAAGAAAAUUAUCCUUCCAAGUGCCAGAAAUGUGCAGGGGAUAUCAAUAUACAUUGUGUUCAUAUAUUAACAUUGCAUUAUGUCAAGCACAUUGCAUAAUUAGCUUUUUCAUGUAACACGCUUGAGUAAGAUAUUAGAGUUAAGUAGCAAUUCAUGUAUAUGUACAAUUUUUAUAAUUAAAAUUUAUGUUGAAAUGUAUGAGGAGAAAAAAGUUUGCCACUUAUUGUGAUCUUUGUUCAGCUGAAUUGUAAGACUGUGGCUAUUGUUUUUAUAUUUUUGUACUGGGUUAAUGUACACUUGCCCUAAUGAAAAAUGAGAAAAUAUAUUUGAAGUACUCCUAACCAUCUUUGG